AUGUUGCAGGUGGAAGAACGGGUACUGAAAGCUAUUCGUGCAUGGGAUCGAUUUCCAGCUGAUAAAGAGACGAUGCUGAAACUUGAAGCUGAUUUUUCGAAAGAUCUUGGGUUUGACUCUUUAGAUCAAGUGGAAAUAAUGAUGGCAGUGGAGGAUGAAUUUGGUUUCGAAAUCCCACUAGAAGACUCAGAAAAAUUGAAAACACCUCGCGACGUCUUUAAAUAUAUUUGUGAGCGGGAAGAUACUAUUUUGAUUGAAUUUUCUAAUCUUUCUGAACAUCGCAUUCUCAAAGUAGUAAUUAAUCAUCUAAGUCGAAAGACAUCGGUGCGCGAAUUUUGUGCUUCAUGGGCACAAAAGCUUAGCCAAUCACUUGUCAUAACGUCAUUGUGCACAAUCUGA